AUGCGUUCAAAGUCAACAGUCCGGUUCUCUCUGCUCACCUGGCUGUCGUGGUCAGCUUCUGCAGUAGCAUGGAACAACCUUUCCGACUCUCAAUUGCUAUCUCCGCGAUUCUCGGCCUUGAAUGACCGUCCUCCCGAAUGUCCGCCUUGCUUCAACUGCCAGCUUGACGCUUUCCAGUGCUCUCAAUUUGCGGCCUGCGAUGGUUCAACAGGGAGCUGUAUCUGUCCUCCCGGGUUCGGUGGUCUCGAUUGUUCCGAACCGGUCUGUGGCUCUCUGGCCGACUCCAACCGGCCGCUGCGCAAAGACAAAUACUGUAAGUGUGAUGAUGGAUGGGGUGGCAUCAACUGCAAUGUUUGCCAGACAGACGAUGCGUGCAAUGUGCUCAUGCCGGAAGGAGAAGGAGGUGUCUGUUAUCAGCAGGGUGUCACGGUUAAUGAGAACCAUCAGAUGUGUGAUGUGACCAACCGGAAGAUCGUGGAUUUGCUCGGGGAACGAAAACCGCAAGUGACUUUUUCUUGUGAAGCUGAAGAGCACACGUGCAAUUUCCAAUUCUGGGUGGAUCAAAGGGAGUCGUUUUACUGUGAACUGGAUACGUGUGACUGGAAAUUGGAAACCGACUACAACACGAACCAGACACAAUACAACUGCGACAACAUUCAGUGCAAGUGCAUUCCUGGACGCAUGCUAUGUGGCGAAGAGGGUUCAGUCGAUAUCGGUGAAUUCCUUGAGGUGUCUAUCCAAGGUCCAGCUAGCUUCUCGUCCCACUCUACCGAGGGUGGCAGCAAAGAAGAUGGCAGCAAGUUCGAGGAGCCAGCGAUGAAUGAUCUGAUCUCCAGUAUCUUUGGUGACCCGAGUAUCUUUCUGAAUUGCCACUCAGGCGAGUGUCUCUACAAAUCUAGCGUGCCUGGAUACGCUCGCCCGAUCAAAACCAUCAACACCCCUGUCAUCGCCGGGGUUAUCGCGGGCUGUUCACUCUUCGUCGUUGCAGUGAUCCUAGCCAUGUGGUAUCUCUCUCGGAGACCGCGUCGUGGAUACAUCCACCUGCCUCUGUCUGAUGACUCUGAUGAUGAAGCGACCAAGUACAUGGCGGAUCACAAGCCAGCGGCCCUGUACUGGGACAGUGUGUCCUAUUACCUGAAUGGAAAGGAGAUCCUCUCUGACAUUCGGGGCGCUGCGCCUCCUGGUCAGAUCACGGCUAUUAUGGGAGCUUCGGGUGCAGGUAAGACCACUUUCCUCGACAUCCUCGCUCGGAAGAACAAGCGAGGAACAAUCCGGGGUGAAUUCUACGUCAACGGAGAGAAGCUCAACGAUCAUGAUUUCAAAAAUAUGAUCGGUUUUGUUGAUCAGGAGGACACGAUGCUUUCAACCCUGACCGUUCAUGAGACCAUCCUGACUAGUGCGCUUCUCAGAUUACCCAGGGACAUGAGCCGAGCUGUCAAAGAACAGAAGGUGUACGAUGUCGAGAAACAGCUGGGAAUUUACCACAUCAAGGACCAGUUGAUUGGAUCGGAAGAAGGUAAAGGCCGCGGAAUUUCUGGUGGCGAGAAGCGAAGAGUUGGAAUUGCGUGCGAGCUUGUCACCAGUCCUAGCAUUCUAUUCUUAGAUGAGCCUACCAGUGGCUUGGAUGCAUUCAAUGCAUUCAACGUGGUCGAAUGUUUGGUUACACUGGCAAAGACUUACAACCGUACCGUUAUUUUCACUAUUCACCAGCCACGCUCCAACAUCGUCGCGCUCUUCGAUAGACUCAUUCUCCUGGCCCAGGGUCGGACAGUCUACUCCGGCCCGUUCUCAAGUUGUCAGCAAUAUUUCGAUGAUUCUGGGUACAGCUGUCCUCCAGGCUUCAACAUUGCGGAUUACCUUGUGGACCUCACUAUGCACGCCAGCGUCUCCCGCACGCGCAGUGACGAAGGACAAUCGACGCUCCUUGACGUUCGCAACGACAUUCCUAAGACUGCCUCAAGCAGCUUGAGGGCCGUGAAGUCGGUUGCCAGCGCAUCAAAUGCAAGCACUGCUGAAGACAACUCUAGUAGCGCACUGGAAUCGAACCGACGGCCCCGGAAUAAGCGGCGAGCGUCUCUGAAGCAACGACAAGACCGGCAACUCUAUUCUCGGAGGAAGGACGUCGAUACCUCAUCUGCUCCCAAGUCAGACGGAGAGGACGAGCAUCUAGACCGACAAGCGGAAUCGCAGCAAUGGCUUCGGCUUUCGCGGCAGACUGGCAGCGUUCCACCACAAGUUCUCGAUGAUCCGGACCAGUUACCGCCGGCUGCCCCAGGUCAAACUGAUCUCGAUGUCCUGAUUGCCCACUAUUCCAACUCCGACGUUUCUCAUUCGGUACAUGAUGAGAUUGUGACUGCUGUACAGAGUGCCCGUGCCGCCAACGGGUCGGCCAAUGCGGACAUUGUUUCAGGCCCUGAUGUAAUGGGACACCAUAAGAGCUAUGCACGGAUUGGCCUGUUCAGGCAGUUCCUGAUUCUCUCGCAACGAACAUGGCGCAACCUCUACCGGAAUCCUAUGCUGAUGUUGACACAUUAUGCAAUAUCUAUUCUGCUUGGUGUCCUUUGCGGCUAUUUGUUUUACGGGUUGACUGAUGAUAUCAAGGGCUUCCAGAACAGAUUGGGUCUCUUCUUCUUCAUCUUAGCCUUGUUUGGAUUCAGCACACUUACCAGUUUGACGGUGUUCUCUGCAGAACGGUUGUUGUUUGUUCGCGAACGGGCUAAUGGCUACUACCAACCCAUUACGUACUUUGCGGCCAAGGUUGUGUUUGACAUUGUACCCUUGCGACUUCUGCCUCCCAUUAUAAUGGGUAUGAUUGUGUAUCCCAUGACUGGGUUAAUUCCGGCGUGGGAAGAGUUCUUCCGGUUCAUUCUUGUGCUUGUGCUGUUCAAUCUGGCAGCCGCAAACAUUUGCCUUUUCAUUGGUAUUGUUUUCCGGGACGUUGGAGUUGCCAACUUGAUUGGCAGUCUGGUGAUGCUGUUCAGCUUAUUGUUUGCUGGUCUUCUCCUGAACCACGAUGCGAUCCCGGCUUCUGCUUUGUGGUUACAGACGCUGUCCAUUUUCCACUACGGUUUCGAAGCACUUAUUGUCAAUGAAGUUACUUUCUUGACGCUGGUUGACCACAAGUACGGCCUGGACAUUGAGGUCCCUGGGGCUUCUAUCCUCAGCGCAUUUGGAUUCAACACUCAAGCUCUCUGGAUGGACGUGAUUGGGCUAGGUGUGAUCUCGGGGGUGUUUAUUAUUGUCGCAUAUGGAGCGAUGCAUAUCUUGCUUGUGGAGAAGCGGUGA